AUGGAGACUCUAUCGGCGUCUGCGGUGACCUGCAUCUGCAGCUUCCUGACGGGGCUGGACGCGCUCUCGCUGUCGCACUGCAGCUCCUUCUGGCUCAAGCAGCUGGACGCGGCUCCGCUGUGGCAGUCGCGGCUGCCGGCGCUGCCCGACGCUCUCCACGCCGCCGCGAACAAGGCUCUUUUGAGAGACUACAGCUUCAGCUUCGACCUGUGGUUCGCGCAAGACCCCGACGGAGCUUAUACCGGCGGCGUCCUCUACGGUCUGCAGUCUGUCCAAGCCGAGAGUCGAAAUUGGCCGCAGUUCCACCAGCAGUUCGUGCUCGUCAGUGCCACCAGGGACUUGUACUGCUCCGUGAUCGAUCACCGCCCAGUCGUGAAGAGCGACCUGCAAGUUGAGAGAUUGAUCCGCUCGGACUCGGGCGCGUUGCACCGUGAGAUGGAGUUUCUGAGGCACGAACAGGUCGGGACUGGAUGCAUCACGGCCAAUGAGCUUCAUUUCCCCAAGCCCGGGUACUUGGGCUGGUACGGGUUUCAUGGGCUUAUCGACGAGUUCCGAGUGUGGGGUGACGUCUUGACGGAGGGAGAUGUGGUUGAGUUGGCUCGAGGGCAGAAUGGGGUGGAGAAGGUGAUGAUCGGCACGUUAAAGCUGUCGGGAAGAGCACCGUGGAGGUCGAGGUGGAAUCAGCAGGAGGCGAAUUGCAGUUGUACGACCGGAGCAGCUACCGGCAGAUACGAUCGAGACGCUGUGCAGCUUCUUGGCCGGCUUUGA